UUGGGAUUAAGUACUUCCUUAAGUACUUCCGCUUUCAGUUUUGUAAAUAAAUGACACGAAAUGUUAUAAAAACCUAGGCUUUCAGUAUCAUUCUUCCAAAAUGUUUAAGCUGUUGUUGCUGUUGGUGAUUCAGGUCAAACUUGCAGUGUCAGAUGAUGGUGUUAUGUUCUGCAAAAAGACAGGAGAAACAGAAUGGGAACAUCAUUUUUGUAUCAAUUAUAAUCCAAAGUUCCACCAGCUUCCAGUUGAAGAAAAUCAGGCUCUUCCCCAUAAUGUAGUGGAUCUAUCAGCUACAUAUGGCUGCAAUGCAUCUGACUAUAAAUCAGUCAGUGCCUCGGUGUUAAAAGAUAGUCUCGUUCUUGUAUCUAGAGGUAAUUGCACAUUUACUGCAAAAGCAAUGGAAGCUCAGUCAGCAGGAGCAAAGGCUGUAUUGAUUGCCAGUAACGCUCUACUUACACCUGGUGCUACUAAUGAAACUGCUGACUACGCAAAUAUUAAUAUAACAGUUGGUACAGCUCUUUGGGAGAAUAUUGAUCAGAUAAAAGGAAAGGAUUUGAAGCAAGUGGCAAUACUGUUUGCUCCAGGUUAUGAAUCAAUGUUUGAUCCAAAUUUAGCAGUAAUAUUUCUGAUAGCGGUAACAAACAUUGUGAUAGGUGGGUUCUGGGCAGGGAAAACGAAACAUGCCAAGUAUCAGAAAUUGAAGUAUAAACAUAAACGAGCGCAGCCGUCUACGGAUGGAAAAAAAGGAGGGACUGGUGAUGAAUCUGCUAGUUCAGAUGAAGAAGAAGAGGAAAGUGUUGAUAUAUCAGUGAUUGUAAUUCUUGUGUUCUUUGUACUUGUAUGUGGGUUUUUAGUGCUGUUAUAUUUUUUCUACGAUUAUUUAGUGUAUGUGGUUAUAUGCUUGUUUUGUUUGGCAGGUGCUAUGGGUCUGUACUAUUGUAUGCAUCCCCUGCUGCACAGGUUAUGUCCAUUUAAAGCUAGGCUUCCACAAAAUAGAAUCCCGAUGCUUAAGAGCAGACCAUAUUAUACUGAUCUUGCUUUACUAGCAGUCUGUGUAGGCGUGGCAAUAUUUUGGGGAGUAAUGCGUCAUGCUCCGUAUGCCUGGGUCAUUCAAGAUAUUUUAGGUUAUGCUUUCUGUAUAAAUGUAAUGAAGUCUGUUGGUGUACCAAACAUGAAGGUUUGCACAAUAAUGCUUGUACUGCUUUUCUUUUACGAUAUAUUCUUUGUAUUUAUCACUCCACUUUUUACAAAAAGUGGCGACAGUAUAAUGGUCAAAGUUGCAACUGGAGGGGGGAGCAAAACCAACGAACAAUUGCCAAUGGUGUUUAAAGUGCCGAGGCUGACCCAGGACGCUAUCAGUGCUUGUCCAUUACCAUAUUCCCUCCUAGGAUUUGGUGACAUCAUCAUACCCGGCCUUCUUGUCAGUCAUAACCAUGCAUUGGAUUUACGCAUCAAUAGUCGUAAAUUGUACUAUGUUGCAACCUGUAUUGGCUAUGCUGUAGGUUUGGUUAUCACAUUUGUUGCCCUUGCUGUCAUGAAAACUGGUCAACCAGCAUUACUAUACCUUGUCCCAUGCACUCUUUUUACAACUUAUAUAAUUGGCUGCUUUAGAGGGGAGGUAAAAAUGUUAUGGAAUGGUGUAAAGGAUACAGGUUCUGAAUCAGGAUCAAAUAUGGAGAGCAGUUCUAAUGUGAAUAGCAAUGACGGUAACUUAGAAAGUGUUGUUACAUCAGACAGACAGAAUACUACCACUGCACGAACUAAUGGCGGAAACCAAUCACCAAAAUCUAUGAGUAGCACCGACAGUGAGAGUCGAGAACUGUUAAAAAAAUGACGUUAAUUUUGUGUAUGUGUGGGUAUAACUAACAACAAACAAUAUGAAACAGAGGCUCAUUGCCACACAAAGAAAAAAAAAUCUGGAAAUAUUUCAAAGUGUUAAGAUUAUUGUUAUCAGGUUAUUUGAGUUUAUUAGUUUUUCUUAAAGAAAUCCUGUUUUUA